AUGCGGGUUGCAGCGCUCUUUGCAUCUUUGGAGAUCUGGAUGCCGAGAAGGUUUUGGUGGGCGACAACGGCACUGACUGGGCGUGCGUGGACAUCCAGUCCUUCAUCGUCAGCCACGCCAGCAGCGAGGAUUGUCAGAAUCUCAUCGACCACUUUGAGCGCCAGCAGCUGGGUGCUGACAGUGCGCGUGAGAGGCCUGCAAGAGAACCAGGGCGAGCAGUCCCUGGUGGCCGCAUCCAUGGGAACGACCGGUUUCGCCCAAGACUACGAGUUUUCGACGUAUGGCUGGUGCAUGUUUGGCUACUACGCUGGCUGGGAGGAAAACAGCAACCGCGACAGCCUCGAGAACUGCAUGAGGGCAUGCAACUUAGAAGACAGGUGCAAGUUCUUCAGCUUUCUGCAGGGUCAAACCUGCAGCCGCUAUGACACAGACAGCUGCUUCUCCCUUGGCCUUUGGCCUUACAGCAUUUACAAGAAGAAGGACCUGCCGUAUAUGUGGUUGGGCGCCGGCUUUUGCGAGGACGGCUACUAUGCUGGCUGGGAGAGCAACAGCAACAAGGACAGCUUGGGCAAUUGCAAGACUGCCUGUGACAUGGAGUCGGAGUGCAAGUACAUUGCAUUCAAGCAAGGUUCCACUUGCAGCCGUUACAAUGGCAACAGCUGCACUAUUCGGGCACAGAGCUCCCACGCAGCAUACAAGAAGGUCAACCCGAGCUUCAAGUUAGCUUCCGUCGGAUAUUGCAGUCACGGUUACUAUGCUGGCUGGGAGACGAACAGCUUCAAGGACAGCUUGAAAAACUGCAUGUCGGCAUGCGAAGCUGAGCAACGAUGCAAGUACUUCUCCUUUUGGCUGGGAAACACCUGCAGUCGGUACGACACUUACAACUGCCAACCGAACACAGACACAUCCCAUGUCACCUACAAGAGAGUGAUGGUGCCGCCAGCAUGCUGUACGGGCGGUGACUUCGUGCACACGAGCGACAAGUGCCGCAGUCGCAGAGUGUACAUGAAGGGCGAGCAUCACCACUGGCUUCCAGAAGGCCACUCCGAAGUGAGCCUCGCCGGGAACCCUGAGGGCACCGGUGAAGUGCACUGGGAGUGUCAUGCCCGGCGGCGGCGCUGCGGCUUGCUUGGAUGUGGGGGCACCGGCUAUGAACGCACCGGCUUCGAUCCUCCUGCCACGGAUGCAACAGUCCACUACAACGGUGAAACCAUCGACUACUGGCCCAAGUACUGCGCCCCGGAAAUGCCCUGGAGUGAGGAAUCGCCCGCAGAUCGUGGCUGCUGCUCUAUCGCAGACGGCACAGUGGAUCGGUGCCGGUCUUCAAGCUAUAUCAAGAUCCAGGUGGGAUCCACAUGGAAGUACUGCUACAAGAACCAGAUCUGUGAGUGGGAAUUCCCGACGCCACAGACCCAAGGCGUCAAGUUAAGCUGGUACUGCGGCAACACCGAGGAGAAGGUGCGAUGGGGUCUCUACUUCGACACGCUUCAGGUGAAGUUCCACUGCGACGGCAAGGUGGAGUGGAACCCUUGGUGGUGUGGUUUGGCCACCGGCGGCAAGGCCCCGGCCCGGCGUCUGUGGUCACGCAGUUUGCCGGCGUGA